UAUCUGUUUCACAUCUACAACGCAGUGGCUGAAACACUGUUGCGGGGCGUAUGGAGAAGCGUCCGUACAGCGCAGUGAGCAGUUAGCAAAUUCCGCUUUCCCGGUCUUGAACGGAUAAAAGCCAAGUUUAUAUUUGGGCUAUUCUUUUAGCUCGCGUUUUCUGCGCUCCAUUCUUUCAACUGCAGGCCUUUCAUUGAAAAGUGGGUGUCUGCUCACUGGUGUUCAGGCAGCGGCGAGUGCGUAAGUGUGUCCUCGAUGGCAGGGUGGAAGGACGGCUCGGUGCAGGAGAAGUAUCGGCUGGUCGUGGUUGGAGGUGGCGGUGUUGGAAAGUCAGCCUUAACUAUCCAAUUUAUCCAGUCGUACUUUGUGACAGACUAUGACCCCACGAUUGAGGACUCGUAUACGAAGCAGUGUGUGAUUGACGAGAGGGCGGCCAGGCUUGACAUUCUGGACACGGCCGGACAGGAAGAGUUUGGAGCCAUGAGAGAACAAUACAUGAGGACAGGGGAGGGCUUCCUGCUGGUGUUCUCCGUCACUGACAGAGGAAGCUUUGAAGAAAUCUACAAAUUCCAAAGACAAAUCCUCCGAGUUAAAGACCGCGAUGAGUUUCCCAUGAUCCUCGUGGGCAACAAAGCAGACUUAGAACUGCAGCGGCAGGUGACCCAGGAGGAGGGUCAGCAGCUGGCUAGGCAGUUGAAGGUGACGUACAUGGAGGCCUCAGCCAAGAUCCGUAUGAAUGUAGACCAGGCCUUCCAUGAGCUGGUUAGGGUUAUCAGGAAAUUUCAAGAGCAGGAAUGCCCACCGUCGCCGGAACCCACAAGGAAAGAGAAGGACAAGAGUGGCUGCCACUGUGUGAUCGUCUGAGUGGGCCUUAUCACUGUCACUCACCCAGCUACUGUUAAUUGUCCCACCCCCAUGCCUGACAUCACAUCCUGUAAGGAUGACUAAACGCUGCCUUCUCCACGUGCAUGAGUUCAGCCCCUCCUGACAUGGCUACCAGGAAGUGCUGCCCCCCCAGGACUUCAUAUCUAGAAGAUACUGACAAAGCCAAAUCUUAACAAACACCACUCUACCUUCAUCAAUAAUCAAUUUCACACAGAGAAAGUUCCAACACUAAACAUUGCCUUUUAAAUCAGCUUAACAAGUUCAUUUUUUUUGUAUUACGAAGGACUUCUCUUGCCUUGUAGUGACAUUUGUACCUUUGCCGAGAUUGAAUGAGAAAUCUAUGAUAUCCAGAAUGUUGGGGAAAGAUUUCUUUUAGUUUCCAGUGUCCAUCAGACUAGAGAGAGAGAGACAAAGUGAUGAAGCAUUUUGUAUGUCGUGCCAUAUCUGUUUUUACUUCCAUGUGCUAAUCCGCUACUGUACAUAUGUGAAAUUUGUUGUGAUUUUGAAAGUGCAUUUUUAAUGACUUAUUAAAUCGCCACAGUACAGUGA